AUGGCGCAAACGAGACCGUACCUGGUUACAUGUGCUGCGAUCAUGGCCCUGGUCCCCAUGGUCAGCGCCGGACUCUGUGCUCGGUCCUCGGCCGUGCUGGACGCCUGCAGCUCCAGGCUCAUGGAAGGGGAGGCCGGCCUGGAGCGCUGUUGCUCCCUCCUCCAGGCCCACCAGCUCCACGGGUGUCUCUGCCCCGAGUGCGAGACCGGGGUCGGUCUGGUGUCGGCGCUGGGGGUGCAGUCCCUCCAGGCCCUGGCCCCCCUGGUGGGCGCCUGCGCCCAGAGCAGCCUGGGCGCCCAGCAGCUCGCCGACAUCCUGGCCUCCCUGCCCCUGGAGACGUCGCUGCCCAGGGCACUAGCUCUGCAGGGCGAGUCCGAGACGGCCGCUGGCGUUUGGGGCCUGGAACCCGGGACUAGACUGGCUGGCCCCUCCGGCCUGGGGGCCGCCCUGGCCUCCGCAAUGCGCCACCACGACCGGACGGAGGGCCGGCGCGGGGCCGAGGACGGCAGGAGGGCAUACUCUGCCAUCGACCUUCGCAUGCAGGGCACAGUGGAUCUCCUGCGCGAGGUGCUGGGCGUGCUGCGCAGCCUGGCGGACCCGGAGCGCGUGGCCGGGGGGAGGAAGGUGGGGCUGGAGGCCCAGCUCCCGCGCCGCCUGAUGCUGCGGGCGGCGCAUCGCCUGGACGACGCCGAGAAGGAGCUGGAGGGGCUGCGGCGCGGCGUCGGGCGCCAGGGCCCCGACGCCGCGCCAGGGGCCUGCUCCUGCCGGCGCCAGGCAGCCUGGUCUUGGCUGCCAAAGGGGCUGGUGGCCCUGCGCGACGACCUCUGCGUCUUCGCCUGCUCCCACCACCGCCUGCUGACCCUGGCGCUGGUGCUGGAGGGGGUGGCGGCGCUCUGCCUCACCAUGUACUGGCUGGGUGCGCACGGCACGGACGCAGAGGGCGAGGACGCCGCCCGGCGCCAGCGUGCCACAGAGGGGAAGCGCGGCGCGCCCGCCGGCAGCAUCGUCCGGGCGGCAGAGCACGCCGCCGACGACUGCCGCACGCCCCUCCUCUCCUCCUCUUGA